GGUUCUGUUCUGCUCUAACUAACAGCAGCAUCUAUCUGUUUCUACAAGAUACACAAACCUUAAAGCUUGAAACUUACAACCAAAAGGAGGAGCAUGGUAUCUAAAAACUCCAACCCUUCAGAGACUUUUUACAUGGACCCUUCUGCUAUGUCGCUCCCCAGAAUACUCCAUUUUUCCGCCACUACCCCUGCCGAUUCUCUUGAGGACCCUGCUAAGAAGACUCGCAAACCUUACACUAUCACCAAGUCUAGGGAGAGUUGGACCGAACCCGAGCACGACAAGUUCCUCGAAGCUCUUCAGCUAUUUGACCGUGACUGGAAAAAGAUUGAAGCAUUUGUUGGAUCAAAGACAGUUAUCCAGAUACGAAGCCAUGCUCAGAAAUACUUUCUAAAAGUUCAGAAGAAUGGGACAAGUGAACAUCUUCCUCCACCCAGACCAAAAAGAAAAGCUGCUCAUCCAUACCCUCAGAAAGCUUCAAAAAAUGUUCCAGUGCUCUCACAAGUAUCAGGGUCCUUUCAAUCAUCAUCGGCUUUGCUUGAACCAGGGUACAUUAUGAAGCGUGAUUCUUCAGCAAUGCUUAAAACUCCUAUUAUUAACGCUGCAGCGUCUUCCUGGUCAAACAAUUCUCUGCAGAAAAGCACCAAUUUAUUGCAUGGCCACAAAGUGAAUAAUUGUUGCAGUAACGGUGGAAGUCCUAGAGCACAGUUGGUUGGUGAAGCUAAUGGUCAAGGGAAUAAUAUCCAUCCAUUGAGAAUUCUUCCAGAUUUUGGUCAAGUUUACGGCUUCAUUGGUAGUGUAUUUGAUCCAAAUGUAACUGGACAUCUGCAGAAACUGAAACGAAUGGACCCUAUAGAUGUUGAGACAGUGCUAUUGUUGAUGAGAAACCUGUCUAUCAAUUUAGUAAGCCCAGAUUUUGAGGACCAUAGAAGGCUGCUUGCAUCAUAUGAAGUGGAACCUGAGUCAGAUAACUAUUAUAUCAAUGCAGAUCGAAACAUGGUUGAAGGGCAGUUGAAGAGUGUUACUUAGAUGGCGGAGGCAGACAAUGACUUUCUUUUUCAGCUGCUGAAUGCAGUCGGGUGGAAUGUUGCAUGAUGAGGUAAGAUGCCUUGGCAUGGAGGCUGACUGAAGUAAAUUCUACUGCUCAUCAUCUUAGUGGAAGACUUUUGAAAAUUCCCACAAUUCAAAUCAGUUUUUCUUAUAUGAUAAAAGAAAAUGUAGAGAUAGGGCACAUAGUUUUGCAUAGUAUGCACAGAUAUAUGUGCUCUAGAUUUAGCUAGAAGUGUAAUAUCUGAAAAGAGAGACAAUUCCCCUUUAAAAACUUUCUAACGGUGUACAGUAUAGAUUUUU